CCCGAAGUUUUGAUCCUCGAAUACUCGAGUAAGCCACUUUUCCGAGUAGUGGAAUGAACGAGUUAUUCGAAUGUUACUACUACUCGUUAUUCGAAUCCACCUCUCUCUACGAUCCAUACAACGAAUAUUCUUUCGUGGAAGCAAAUAAGCGACGUCGAGGUGAUGUGGAAAGGAGGAAUAGCGAAAAACUCGAAAAUCGCUUCGCUGCUCCGGCUGUCAAGAAGAUUUAUGUAAAAGCAAAUGGUGAUCCAAGGAGUAAAAGACCAAAGCUCUUCAUAUGGAGACAGUGGCAGACCCCAACAUUAGCAGGUCUUCGUGCCGAAGUCGCACCUUAUGUUGGUUUGGAAUCAUCCUCGGCGAUUUACGAUAUUAAUGGGCAUCGAAUUUAUUCAGAAGACGAGAUACAGGACUUUGGUACGUAUUACAUCCUUGGAGACGAACAAUUGCUGAUACCGGACUCGGAAGACGAAUAUGAAGAAGAAUAUCGAGAAUCGUUUACUCGUGGAGGAAGGAUCACGUCGCUUUCAGCUCCUGAAAUGCUUACAUCAAGACAAUCUCUCUACGACACCGCACCGUCAGUGAUGACGCCUCCUCCUCGACCUUACCAGUCUGAACAAGUGUCAUCUGAAAUCCAACGUAAAUUUCCUGCACAGAUCCCUUCGACAUCACAAAACAAAAAUCCUGAUAUUCGAGGAAGCAUAGCUGCUCUAAGCGAUGGCGAAAUGUAUGAAAGAUAUUACAGAGAUGCUGUCAGCACGUCAAAAUCGCGAUCGACAGGGACUAAACGAAACAAACGCCAGAAACUAAGAACUGGAACUAAUAACAAUACCAGCCGCUACGAUGAUGGACGUUCUCGAAGAGAUUCAAGAAGAUACACUGACGAUGACGACGACCGUUAUGGACGUCGUCAAAAUGACGGAUAUGUCUCGAAUGCUGAGCGAUCCCGUACACGAAAUCAAGGAACCUUAGUAAGCAGAUCUCGAAGUGCAAAUGGCGAUUAUCUCCGGGACGAAUUCAUCUCUGAAUUUGACACAGAUUAUACGAAGAGAAGGGACCAGGAGGCUUUGGCUAAACAUAGACAGAAGCAAUCGAACCUUACGCGAUCUAGCAGUGAUGCCAUCUAUAAUCGUCGAGAUCAGACGCAUCCGGAUGCGUACAUUAUCUAUGUUUUUCUCAACGGAGAGGGUAUGGAUUGUCAGCACAUGCACUUCCAAAAGAAACAACUUGCCAAAGGCAUGAACUAUAUUCUCGAACUCGUUGCUCGUCGUUUCAAUGUAAAUCCUACUAAGCUUUGCGAUAUGGAUGGACGAAAAAUUACGGAACCUUCACAGCUUAUGUCCAGAGGAGCAUACGUUUUAGUGGCAGCAGGACAGUCAUUUCGUGACACUUGGUAUUUUCUACCCGACAAUGCUAUUGAUACGAGUUCUGAUCGCAAUCGUGUAGAAGAACGUAGCGACCAGAGAGACCGUCUUCUACAGCGACGAGAAAAACGCGAACGAGCAAAACUUAAAUCUCAAAAAUCGCAAGCGACAUCGCAGCGAACUCGAUACGUUCAGGACACGGUGACGCCAGGAAGAAAAUUUGGAAACAGUUUUAUUUGAGUACGUGCUUUCUGCAUGAAGAUUUACUUAUUAUCGUUUGGAAAAAUA